UGGAAUAUAUAACUUCGGAGCUGCGCACUCGAUAUAUCAUGUUACGAUCAAUUGAGGAAUGCAUUUAACUUGUAAUUCGUAUACUAUAAAGACGUGAAAGCACGCAGAGUCACCCUAAGGAAGAUGUCAGCACAAAAUCCACGUCACAAUGAGAGCACACGCCUUCCAGUCCAAUCAAGAAGCACGUCCAGCCUCCGGGAAUCUUUGAUGAAAAUUGCGAGGAUCCUUCCAUUAGCGUACGGUUAUAUGUGGACCGCUGCCCUGGUGAACCUGUCCCCGCCAUUUUAUCCUGCCCUGGUGUCCGACGCCGUUCAUCUCCAUCUAUUCAUGGGGCUCGUCAGUCACCAACUUCUCACUGCAACUGCUCGGGGUCUGGCAACCUGGGAAAGCGGCUUUGUUUUUUCUGCGAUGAAAAUUGGAAUGUUCAUGGGAUCUGUUUCUAUGAAUAAAAUGAUAAGCUGUUUUUCGCCGACUAGAACCUACCUCAUUGGCCAAUGCCUUACGCUGCUCUAUUGUGGGCUUUUCGGGACACUUAAUUGGAUACCGGCGAAGGUGUUUUUCUGGUUGUCAAUACUAGCAAUGCUAAUUGGAGGAUUCUCGAUGAUCAUCCAGAACAUAACAAUGUAUGCAGCUGCAACAUUAUUAUACUCAACAAAGAAAGGAAAUUUCAUCGCGAUAAUGGAAGCCAUUUUCGGUGUCGGGCUCAUGGUAGGUCCAAUCGUAGGAGGCGCUCUGAUUGGCCUGUGGGCUUUUCCACUGCCGUUUUUUGUAGUCGGCAUUCUCCAAAUUCUGCCCUUUCCAUUCAUUGCACGGAAUGGAGUGACUCCGAAAGAACGGCUCGCAGUUCCCCCAACAGCUCAUGACGCUCAAGCUCCUAAACAAAAUUUGGAAUUGAGACGGCUGCUUUUGAAUCCAAUAUUCCUGGCAAACAUGGUGACGCUAAUGCUGGCUUGGGUAAUCAUCGGAUUCAACGACCCAACCUUAGCACCGCAUACCGAACAGUUUAACCUCAACAGCAUGGAGCUUGGGGCUGUCUUUAUGGUCCCAGCCAUCAGCUAUGCGAUCGGAUCACUAACAGCGGGACUCUUUUGCCAUUUGGAGAUGGAAACGUUUUUUGCUUUCUGUGGUCAACUGAUGACUGUAAUUGCCUAUCUAAUAAUUGGACCAGCACCUUUUUUUGACACGGAGCCGAGCCUGUUUUCAGUGUGCGCCUCAAUUGUGCUCAUAGGACUUGGCACGGCGGGACAAUUCAUCUGUUCAUUUUCCAACGUCCUUAAGUAUACAAUGGAGCAAGGAUAUAGUGACGAUGUUCAAACAACUGGAUUUGUUUCGUCAACAGUUUUCGGAUUUCUCGUCAUUGGGGGCCUGAUAUCGCCGCCUGUAGGUGGAUACAUGGUGGACACCUUCGGCUACAGGAAAGGCUCCAUGUUCAUGUUCGCACUUUUGUUGGCAUGGACUCCUGUGACAUUUUUCCUGUGGUGGCGGUCGAUAUGUCAAGCAAAGAAAAAAAUCACAAUCACAAUGGUUAGCACACGAAGGUAGUUUGCUUCUCACCUAACCAUAUAUCUAUACAUAUGGUGAUACAAGAAGCGUCUUCAUUAAGAGGUUGGAAAAGAGACAAGGAGCCCAAACAUCUGCUAUGAGCUGUACAUAAUCAAGAAACAUCAUCUGUGCAUAAAAAAUUUAAUUUUAUUAAAAAGCUUGAAGAGCGUUUCGGAACUG